GCCAUUAAUCGAAGUUGACUUGUUGAACCCAACUGCUGCUUCUGAGGCUAAAGCUCACAAGAUGAAGAGAUUAGUCCCAACCCCAAACAGUUACUUCCUUGAAAUUAAAUGUCCAAAAUGUGGAGCUACUACUACUACUUUCUCUCAUGCUCACAGACAAAUUGUCUGUCAAAAAUGUGGACAACCACUUGGACAACCAACUGGUGGAAAGUUGAAACUCACCCAACAAUGCAAGUUCAGAAUUAAGAAAUAA